UGCCCCCCGCCUUUAGAAUCCCUGUUGGCUGGCAGUGUGUUUGCUUUGUUCGCUGUGCUGGAGUUGGAGUUUGUAGUUGUAGUGGUGUGAGAAAAAAAUACUGUUGGUUGGCUAGUGGCUGGAAGUUGAUGUUGGAGUGGUGUGAGAAAAAAAUAUUAUUAGACUGAAGGCUGCUGGAGCUGCCGAACAAAAUGAUUAUGGGAUGUGUCUCAAGCCGUCAAGCAAGCAAGCCCACACUGACUCCAUACCUGAGCAAGCUGAGCUGAGCUGCUCGGCCGGCGGGCUGGCUCACUGAUAUAGCUAGCCGCCCUCUCCCAGUCUCACUCCACCACAUACGCUGAAGCUGAUGCGCCUGCGCUGCACUUGCCUCUGCGAGCAAGUACUGACUGCCCCCCAGUUCCUGGCUCUGCCGCUCUGGCCGCCCCCGGCUGCUGUGGCCUCCUCCUCCUGCCUGUGGCCACUGGCCGCCGCCUCGUCCUGGGUGGCGGUGUCGUGGCCUCGUGGGCUGCUCGUUGCUGCUGCUGCUGUGGCGCUGUCUCCCUGCGCGGAGCGCCGUGGUGGUCUAUGCUUGAGCUCGAUGUCCUCCCCUUCCUCCCAACAGCUAGCGGCAUCGUCCCCAGCUAAGCUCUCUCUCUCUCUCUCUCUCUCUCUCUCUCUCUCUCUCUCUCUCUCUCUCUCUCUCUCUCUCUCUCUCUCCCCUCCCUAUCAGUAUCCGGAUAAGCAGCUCCCUGCGCUAGCUCCCUGCCCGAUCCGCGGCGUUUGCCCUGUUCCCGUGCUUGAUUUGUUGGCUUCUGCGCGGUGGUGCCCCCCGGGGCAAUAACUCCCCCUCGGUGGCUGCCACCCUCCCCGCGGCAGAGCGGCCUAUAGGAUGAGAGGGACGGGGGAACACAACAAACCGGCCGCGCCACUGUCCUGGCCGUGAACAGAGCCGCGCUCCAGCUCGGGCACGGGCGGUGGCUGGCUGCCUCUGCAGUGGCCCGGUGGGUGGAGCUUGCUCUGCUUUGCUUGCGCCCCGCUGCUCGGCGAAGCUCCGUUCAUGGAUUGGGAUCUCAAGAUGCCGGUGUCCUGGGACCUGGCCGACCUGGAGCACGACGCCGUGCCGGCCAUCGCCGCCGCGGCGGCAGCGGCAGCGCCUCCCGCCGCGGCGUCGUCGGGCAUUGCCGCCGCCGCCGCGUCGGCGCGCGGGGCGCCGAGUCGGGCGGAGUGCUCCGUCGACCUCAAGCUCGGCGGGCUGGGCGAGUUCGGCGCCGCGGACCGGAUGAAGGAGCCGGCGGCGCCUGUGCCGGCCGGGGCGGCGGCGCCGUCCGCGAGCCCGAUGAAGCGCCCGCGCUCGGGCGCCGGCGGCGGGGCGCAGUGCCCGUCGUGCGCGGUGGACGGCUGCAAGGCUGACCUCAGCAAGUGCCGCGACUACCACCGCCGACACAAGGUCUGCGAGGCACACUCCAAGACGCCCGUCGUCGUCGUCGCCGGCCGCGAGAUGCGCUUCUGCCAACAGUGCAGCAGGUUUCACUUACUGGCGGAGUUUGAUGACGCAAAGCGUAGCUGUAGAAAGAGACUUGAUGGGCACAACCGGCGUCGCAGGAAGCCACAGCCAGAUACUAUGAACUCCGGAAGCUUUAUGACAAGUCAGCAAGGGACAAGGUUCUCGUCGUUCCCGGCUCCAAGGCCGGAGCCAAGUUGGUCCGGGGUGAUCAAAUCCGAGGACAGCUCGUACUACACGCACCACCAGGUCCUCAGCGCGCGGCCGCACUUCGCCGGCUCGACGCCGGCCUACUCCAAGGAAGGGCGGCGCUUCCCGUUCCUCCAGGACGGCGACCAUGUCAGCUUCGGCGCGGGCGCCGCGGCAGCGGCGGCGCUGGAGGUCUCCACGGCGUGCCAGCCCCUCCUCAAGACGGCGGCGGCGGCGCCGCCCCACGAGAGCAGCAGCAGCAACAAGAUCUUCUCCGACGGGCUCGCCCCCGUGCUCGACUCGGAUUGUGCUCUCUCUCUUCUGUCAUCCCCCGCCAACUCCUCCAGCGUCGACGUCAGCCGCAUGGUCCAGCCGACGGAGCACAUCCCCAUGGCGCAGCCCCUCGUCCCCAGCCUGCACCCGCCGCCGCCGCCGCCGCCGCCGCAGCAGCAGCAGCAGUUCGGCAGCGCCCCCGGCUGGUUCGCCGCCUGCUCGCAGGCCGGCUCCGGCGGGUUCGCCUGCCCGCCCAGCGUGGAGAGCGAGCAGCUGAACACCGUCCUGAUCCCCAGCUCCGACGGCCACGAGAUGAGCUACCACGGCAUCUUCCACGUCGGCGGCGAGGGCUCCUCCGACGGGAUGUCCCCGUCGCUCCCGUUCUCGUGGCAGUAGUAGAGAGUGCCCUCUCGGCGACCCGGUAGUGACCUCGAGUUCUUUGCCUUGUGUUGUCGCGCGUAGCUGCUCAGCUGUAGUGAUCACCAGUUCCCUGUGUUCUUUCAGCGUUCAUUAUUCUCUGCCCCCUCCGGUUUCUCUCCAACGAUUUGUUCGUUCCUUCGUCUCGCCUUCCUGAUUCAUCAUCGGCCUGGAAAGAACUCGCAUAAAGUUAUUAGUGCUAAAUUGAUCUCCCGGAAUCGUUUCGAUAAAACUUGCCGAUUCAGGAUUGUGUCGAGGGUUCAUCAACAGACUUGGGAUGCCUAAUUCCGUGCAACCAACAUUAUAUUUUA